UGCGAAUGGUAGGCACCUUGUCGUGGUGCAGGGGCUUAAACCGCAGCACAGCACGGCAUCUCCCAUCCGCCAGGGAUGAUGCUGCUUAGCAUCUCCCCUGUGGGAUGGCAGAAGCCGCAUGUGCGCGGUGACCAAGAGCUACCACCUCCUAAUCCAGGGUGUCAUGCGACCCGUGCCCAUUGGAUGAUUUGCAGCCAGGAGGUAAAUUCGGCUGUAUUCGAACGGAGCCUUCCCAACACCGGGCCGCCUUGGGAAGUAACGGUGGCCUUACUGCGUCAAGGGGCUCUGGCGCAGCGGACUCUUCGGAUUCCCCUUUCCAAGAUUAGACCGGGAGGCCUACAACACGGGCCGAACGGUCGUACGACCAAGAUGAUUCAACAACAAAACCAAGAAACAACCAAAGAGACAACGGCAACAACUACGGCAACAACAACGGCAACAACCGAAUCGACAACAACAACAACAACAAAAAUCGGAGCAACAAGCAGAAGCAGCGGCAACAGUAGUACCGCAAGCAAGAGUGGCCCAGGAACUAGAAAGAAGUAUAGGUUCCUGGAUGCCCUGUCGCCUGAUGAGCGAGCACUCUUUGAGGAGCACGCACGCGAUGAUGACGAGGCGCCCUCUUGCAGCGGUACACAGCGUAGUGAGUCCACCAGGACCACGGUAAAUCGCGCAAAUGCUGCCCCCGCAACCCCCUUGAGCAGGAUCGACGGCAAAGAGGAGGGUGGUUUCACGAAAGUGGAAUCUAGGGGUGAACGCAAACGGAGACGGCAACGAGGGAACAUUCCACGUACCCCGGAGCAAGGACAGCCAGGAGGUCAUGGCGAUCCUCGCAGAGCAGGAAUGAGCGGAGCCACUCUUAAGUGGUACCUUAGGUUCCUGGAGGACGGCAUGACACCAGAGUCAGCUGAAAAGCGGGCUCUGAGUAGGAGCAGUGGGAACAAUCCCUCUGCCAACAACGCACAGCGCACAGGUGCCAACGGUGGAUCGGCGGCAACGAGACGCAGAAAUCGUAGGCGUCGCCGAGCUCACGCUGCCUCGCUUGAGGGAAGGAGCGAAGCAAAGCCGGCACCCCAGGAGGCACCUAGAAUUGAGAAGAGGAAGAGCGGCCAAAUCACACCUCAGGAGCCACCCAGACCAAAGAGGGUAAGAGAGGACAAGCCACAGGAGGCCAGUGGAAAGCGCUCCAACCCCAACCAGCAGCCGGUAAGAAAUGCAAGCCGCAAAUAUGCAGAGGCUGUGAGCAGCAUUCGGAUGGCUGUGCUGCCCCGCAACUACCCGGCGGAGGCCCUGGGGUCCGAACAAUUAACGGCUCUCCAGGACUGCAUCGUGGAUGCCCUAUGUGUCGGCAAAGGCUUCACCGGAGCCUUCAACGGCAUAUUUUUCAAGGGCGGCAUGCUGCUGGUUGACUGCCAGGAGGAGAAGUCGGCCACUUGGCUUCAAGAGAUCACACCAAAGCUGGAAGGUUGGAAGGGUCCGGCCCUGUGCGUAAGAAGGGGCGACGAGAUCCCUCAACUGUACAGCAUGGUGGCGUUCUUCCCGAGAAGCGCAGACAAAGGCUACGACACCGCGCUCAAUCUGGUAAAUAACCAGAAUGAAGGUUUAAGUACCUCGGCGUGGAAGGUCGUAGCUAGUAAAAUUGAGGGUUCCGGGUGGAACCUCAAUAUAACGAUUGACGACGAAUCCUACAAAUACAUCCGGCAGAGGGGAUUCCGGCUAAAUUUCCGCUUCGGGAAAAUAAUUAUGAGGCCAUGGAGGCCCAAGACCACGUCGUCAAUCCAGGGUGCUACGACAGGGACGACCGAAUCAACAGCUCCACCCGAAACCCGCCAAGCAGCGCAUGAGGCAACUGCGGCUGUGGUUUCAGGAGAGCAAAUGGAGACCCCCAACGAACCCAUCCCGGCUGUGCAGUGUGAGACCACCGCCGCGGGUGUAGAAAGCAGCAAGGAGCCCCCCAUCGAGCAAGGAGGCACGCUGCCAUCAACCCAGGAGCUUCUGGAGGGGCUGGAGAUGCAGGUCGAGGAAGAGGUUGUGGACGAAGACCUGUCUCUCACCGAACCGGUCCUAUAA